AUGGACACCGUCAACACCCUCAUCGACAUUCAAACCGGAACCAUGGUCAGACUCAUCCUGACUCCACCUUGGCUUCCACCACCGAAUCAGCAACCACGGUCGUCGCCACCGACACCCCCGCCGUCACCAAUCCAAUUGAAGAAACCACUGUCGUUGCCCCCAUCACCAAAUGAACCGCUCCCACAAUCGCCAUUGACAGAUAACUAUAGACAUCUCCUACAUCUCAAGCACUUUUUCCGGCUGUUCGACCAGCGAUUCUCCAUCCUUUUUACUCUCAACAUGUACUUGUUGGACCUCGAGGACGAGGUCAAUUUCAAGGGCGGAUGA